ACGACCUUGCAUCAACCCGGCUGUUCGUUCAUUCGAUUGGAUGUUGCGCGAGAGAGAGUUUCCGCGGACCACGUUUUUGCAGAUCUUCGAGUUUGCGAUUCGAUAGACCAUAUUCUCUACCGCUAUCUUCUUUGCGGUACAUCAUGAAGAGAGGCUAAAAGUUUUGUUAGAACUGUAUAAAAAUUCUUAACGAUCCGCAAGUUUUUCCAUGAUUAUUUUACAUUACAUCCUCCGUGAAUUUGUUUGAUUAACUCAUUACUUGACUUGUCUGUCAACAUAAUUCUAGCAAUUAUUACGUACAAUUUACAAGAUAUCAAGUAAAAAUUGAGUGGACAAUCACAGAGACUAGAUGCAAACUCUAUACGUGAAAUUUGGACAUAUAACAAGAAUCUAUAUAUCUAUGUAAGCAUUGCGGUAUUGAAGAUUGAAGGUCGGGGUCGGAUGUGAAAAUUAUCUCGUGCAAAAAACAAGUGACGCCCAUCGGUUGUUUUUCCGAGUAACAGCGGAGUAUGGCGGAUGGGUGACAGACACAAACCCACUGCAGGCUGAAGGUGUUUUUCAGCAUUGGUGGGACCAUGUGAGGCUUCAACCAUGAGGAGUGGCGGCCAGAAUGGUGUAUGGACAGUAAGCGUGAUUAUACUGUCGAUUGGUACUUGGGUGGGCAGAGUCGGGCCACGUCCAGCGGAUGGGGAGCUCGCACUCCUGACAUCGCCGCGUGAGCGAUUGGAGACCGUUCGGCAGGUUCUUUCCGAGGUGCCUUUGAUCGACGGCCACAAUGACUUACCAUGGAACAUCCGCAAUUUCCUGCACAAUCAGCUGGCAGACUUCGAUUUUGACAAGGACUUGCGUCAAGUCGCGCCUUGGAGCAAAAGUGCUUGGAGUCAAACCGAUCUGGUCAGACUACGACAAGGCAUGGUGGGCGGUCAGUUUUGGGCCGCUUACGUGCCAUGCGAGUCUCAGCAUCUCAACGCAGUCCAGUUGACUCUAGAGCAGGUAGAUCUCAUUAAAAGACUCAUAGAAAAAUAUUCUCAGCACAUGCAGUUUGCUGCAUCGUCGAGGGAGAUUUUAGAGGCUCACGGGCGAGGUAGAAUAGCCUCCCUGAUUGGAGUGGAAGGCGGGCAUAGUCUAGGAAGUAGUUUAGCCGUUUUAAGAACGCUUUAUCAGUUGGGUGUACGGUAUCUCACACUGACACAUACUUGCAACACACCGUGGGCGAAAAGUUCAUCGGUAGAAGACGACGACGAAGAUGGCGGAGGCCUGACGACAUUCGGCAAAGCGGUAGUUCAAGAAAUGAAUAGGCUUGGAAUGCUGAUAGACCUCAGCCACACUGCGAGGGCGACCAUGAGGGAUGCUCUGAGGGUCAGUAAAGCGCCGCUCAUUUUUUCACACUCCUCAGCGUUCGCCAUUUGUAAUUCUUCUAGAAAUGUGCCCGAUGACAUUCUUAAACAACUGGCUGAUAACGGCGGGCUAGUGAUGGUCACGUUUUACAAUUAUUUCGUAAAAUGCGGACCUCAAGCCAGUGUCUCGGACGUGGCCGAGCACAUAUACUACAUUAGAAACCUAAUCGGUGUGGACCAUAUCGGAGUCGGCGGGGAUUUCGACGGCAUCAACAAAACCCCUCGUGGCCUCGAAGACGUCUCGAGGUAUCCCGAAUUAUUCGCCGAACUUCUCCGUAGCGGCAAAUGGAACGUGCUUGAUCUAAAGAAAGUCGCCGGCUUGAAUUUACUGCGAGUUCUCACACAGGUAGAACGUGUGAGGGAUGACAUGAGGACAGCUGGAAUUACGCCGUCCGAGGAGUAUCUUUCAGAUUCGCCGGAUGCGAUCGGUAAUUGCGCUCUGGAUAUUAAUUCCGUGCAAAGGGUCACGGAAGUCUGAUCGAUCGAUUACUCGACGACAUGCGAAUUAAUCUUAUGUGUCCAUGGCCGUUUCGCGUAAAUUGGCACGGUCAAGACCAACCGGGCACGACAGCGUCGGCUCAAAGCGAAAAUUCAAUUAUCUCGAUUAUAUUGCGAUCUGUAUGCUCGCAAAAGUUCUCGCACGCGGAUGCUCAAUUAAACAUCGUCGACAUUUGCAAAGGCUCAAAAUAAACCUACCUCGAUACCUGUCUUACGAAGGCGACGAGCAACGUGUAUCGAUUAUGUUUUAUUUAAAGGAAAUGCCGUGCUCUCAUGCGAUAUAAUAAAAUAUAGUCAAAGAGAUUGGACUAUCACUAAAUAAUUUUAAUUAUUACAAGUAAGGGUUUAGUAUAAAGUUUUCGUAAUCUUUCGUGUCAAAAAUCAAAUGUAAAUUUAAUCCAAUGGUAAUUAUUAUUGAACUGGAUAUAAUUCUUUUCUAAUGCAAUACUUAAGCUUAAAUCAUACCUUUUUUACUAGUGGCAACAGCUAUAAAAAUUGCAAGGUAGAUCAUUGUGAAAUAAUCUGCUCGUCGCCGUAAACUAAACUACCCUUAAUCCACAGACUGUCUUUUCUACGAUUCAAUACCAGUAUAAUGAAUCGUUAACAUGCUGAUCACUUUAUUUUAAAAUCUAUUCUGCUAUAAACAUUUUCAUGAUCAUGUAAAUAUCUGACAAUGAACGAUAUGCGGAAAGCCAUCCAAUAUUUGCGUAAAGGAAAAGCGUCAUCAUGACUGAACUUUCUGAACUUUGAUGUCUUCCUCUCUUGGAAACGAUCGUAAUAUGUGUGUGAAACUAUGAACUCUGGCUGUAUACCUUUCAACGUCUUCCUUUCCCUCAUUGCACCAACAAAAACACGUACUUUAUAAGUGCUUAUAGAAGGAGUGUUUAUAGAAGGAGUCGACGUCGUGUUUCUACGAGCAGCAAAAUUAAAAAUUAACAGAAUUCUCCGAAUCUCUCUUGUAUUUAUAUUUCAUUAUCAUAGAUUAAUUAUAAAAUGUGUUUCUGUUUAACAAAUCACACUAUAUUAUCUUAAAAAUUUCAUUUAUAUUUAUAUUUCCACAAGAUAUAUAUUAACAUUUUUUAUUUACUGUAAAGCAAUUUUAAAACUUAUUUUUGAUUAACAAAUUAUAUAUUAUUUGGGAAGUUUUAUUUUUACAUAAAACUUUAAUUGUGAUGUGAUUAUCUUUAAAAUAUCUAAAAUAUCUUGUAAUACAUAUUUUUUAAUAUCUAGGAUUAUAUUUUUAUAAAUUUUAAUUUUUGAAUCAAUUUAGAAUUAAUACGUAAAGUUGCUGUUUAAUUUGAAUAUUUAACCUUUACUUGUUUUAUUAUAUGGUUUUAUUAUUGACAAAGUAUUUAGUAAAAUUUAUUAUAAAUUAUGAAUAAUUUAGAAAAUCUCAGCAUACUAAUAUUAUCGUUUCAACAAUUCUCCGAAAAUCAUGAAGAUAUUAAGAACACGCAAUACUUGUAAAUGAUUGAAAUCACCGAUGAAUGAAUUAUCUAUUUCCGUAUUUGCUAGUAUUAAACUCAAACUUGCACAUAUCAAAGUCUCAACUAUUCGUACUUUGUACAGCGAGAGUUGUUCCAGUUUUCCACAAAUUUCGCUUUGUACGAUAAUGCUCGGAGUGAUAUUCAUUAAUCACAAAUCAAGAAUCACGUAGAAUCUGAUGUAUAUAUAUAUAUAUAUAUAUAUUGCUCGCAGUGACAGGUGUCGACGAGUAUAUAAUUGAUACGAAUGUACGUGUUUUUCGACGGAUUAUAUCAAAUGUUGUGAUCCAUCGUUGAAGCGCCGCUCGGUAGUCUUCUUGAUCAAAGCAUCAUCUAAAGUCUUUGACGGGACGUUUGAGAUUGUCUGAAACGAUUGACGAAUCACGGAUAAAAUUGUUUUGUCAAUUUGUUCCUGAUAAUCUUCACAUAUCGCCGUCCACCUAUCUGUGUCUCGUGUGCACUUAUUAUAUAAUUCGCGCAGGACGAAUCCUCGAUUGGAAUCGUGUGUAAAAAAUCGAGUCGAAGACUCGAUACAAGGAAUUAAUUAACUUGCGCGGAUUAUACCUCACGCCGUUGGAGGUAGGCGAUAAAUUCUAGGAUAUCAAAAGUUCCGUUGUAUCUCUCGAAUGAAUUCUAUAUGAAUAAAUGUUUCUAUUGUAAGUAUUUGCUAUAUUUCUUUCUCUCCGAUACAUAGAGCAAAAUAUUUAAUAAGAUAAACCUAAAUUUGAAAGAUUUCUGUUUUCGAUAAUAUGAUAAUCUUUAAUUUUGGAUAGAGGACGCACACACACAUUUAAU